UGAAGCCAGCAAUCACCCUCUUCGGAUUCCUGGUAACGCUGAGCCUGUGCCAGGGAUCUGGACCUUCCUUGAAAGAUAUCUCAGGGAUGCUGUCGGCUCCAUCCCUUCUGAGCAGUGUUGAUGAAGCCAAGCAGCUGGUGGAUGCAGCAUAUAAGUACACCCGGAACCGUUUAAAGGAGAAACUGAGGAACGAAGCCUUCACCCCUGCAGAUAUCCUGGGACAUAUCAAGCAGCCAGUGGGAGGAACCAGGGCCAUGAUCCGAGCUGCUGAUUACAUGGAAACCACCCUGAGCCUGCUGAAGGAGAAGUUGCAGUGGACUGUGAAGAGGAAGUUUAAUGUCACAGACAUGCUGACCCCAGCUCAGCUGGAAUUGAUUUCCAAGGCUACUGGAUGUGCCCAACAAAAUAUGAAUAUACCAUGUGACAAAGCAAACACUUACCGAACAAUCACGGGUGAAUGCAACAACAGGAGAAGCCCUACCUUAGGGGCUUCAAACAGAGCCUAUAGCCGAUGGCUGCCGCAAGAGUAUGAAGAUGGUGUUUCAAUCCCUCGUGGCUGGACAGAAGGAAUCUGUUAUUCUGGAUUUUCUCUCCCAUUGGUGCGAGAAGUUUCAAACAAGAUUGUACGCUUUCCCACUGAGCAGCUCGUAUCGGAUCAGAACAGAGCACUCAUCUUCAUGCAGUGGGGCCAGUUUAUUGACCAUGACAUGGACUUUGGCCCUGCGACUCCAGCAACAGUCACUUUCAGCAGCAGAACGGACUGUCAGACCAGCUGUGCCAAAAAACCACCUUGCUUCCCCAUCAAGAUUCCACCCAACGAUCCACGAAUUAAAAACCAAAGUGACUGCAUUCCAUUCACCCGCUCAGCCCCUGCAUGCACCAUGGGCAGAGCCAUUCGAAACCAGAUCAAUGCACUCACAUCCUUCCUUGAUGGCAGCAUGGUGUACGGCAGUGAAGUACCUUUGGCUAAGAGUCUAAGGAAUAAUACCAACCAGCUGGGCUUGAUGGCUGUUAACCAGCAAUUUACUGAUGAGGGAUUGGAAUUACUGCCAUUCAGAAAUAUGGAGAAAGACAUCUGUGUUCUCACCAACAAAACAGCUAAAAUCCGAUGUUUUUUUGCAGGUGACACUCGAGCCAAUGAAAUGCCAGAGCUGACAUCUUUGCACACACUUUUUCUCCGGGAGCACAAUCGCUUGGCCAGAGAGCUGAGGAGAUUAAAUCCACAGUGGGAUGGAGAGAAGCUCUACCAGGAGGCCCGGAAGAUCAUAGGUGCCAUGAUCCAGAUUAUAACCUUCAGAGACUACUUGCCCCACGUGCUGGGAAAUAACUUCAGGACAGCUAUUCCUUUCUACCAGGGGUACAAUGACUCUGUGGAUCCCCGAAUAUCCAGCAUCUUCACCAUCGCUUUCCGCUUUGCUCACGCUUCGAUUCAGCCCUUUGUGUUCCGCUUGGAUGAUCGCUACCAGCCUGUAGGCCCCCCAACUCUCCUCAGCAAAGAAUUCUUUGCUACGUGGAAAAUUGUGACACAAGGUGGCAUUGACCCUAUUCUCCGUGGCUUGAUGGCUAAUCAGGCCAAACUGAUGACACAGAGGCAAAUGGUUGUGGAUGAAGUCCGGGAUCGGCUGUUUGAACAGGUCAUGAGGAUUGGACUGGAUUUAGCGGCACUUAACAUGCAGCGUGGCAGAGAUAAAGGUCUCCCAGGGUAUAACGCCUGGAGGCAAUUCUGUGGGCUUUCACAGCUUUGCAACUUAGCUGAUCUCUCUGAAGAGCUGAGAAAUCAUAAGCUAGCCAAGAAGUUCAUGGACCUGUACGGGACACCAGACAAUAUCGACAUCUGGAUUGGGGCACUCGCGGAGCCAUUUGUUCCCAAUGGCAGAGUUGGGCCCACCAUGGCUUGCCUCAUUGGAUCUCAGUUCAGAAAAUUGCGAGAUGGGGACAGAUUCUGGUGGGAGAAUAUCGGGAUUUUCACUCCCCAGCAGCGAAGCGCCCUGAGACGGAUCAGCUUGCCACGUAUAAUCUGUGAUAACACCCACAUUACUGAGGUUCCUAGGCAUAUUUUCUAUGCCAAUACUUACCCCAGAGACUUUGUGAACUGCAAUCGGAUACCGAAGCUGGACCUCUCAGCUUGGAGAUCAACGCAUGCUGGGGAAGAAGAAGCAUCUGGUGACUACUAGUGAUGGAAGCUGAAGUUCCCCUGGAGGGCUGGAGUCAGGAUGCUGCCCACAAGGAUUCUUUACCACAUUCAGUCCAAUGAUUUUACUGCCUGGAAUACACGGCAUAAGUGCUAGUGUUUGGCUUGAUUUUGUUUUGCAUGAGGCCUCUUCAGUGAGAUGCAACCAAAUUAAAGUGAGCAUUGUUAAAAGACAUUCCAGUGCAAUAUAUGAAAUGUUCUAAACAUGACAUUACAGAGCAGAGAACGGCACUAGAAUGAGUUUUCAAAACGACAACAGAAUAUUUGACAAUCAGCCAGGAAUCUUACGAAAUUCACACAAAUUUGGCCUAAAUCAGCUUUUUCUUAAGAGCCAUUUCUUUCUGUCUGAUUUUCCAUAAUCAUAUGGGUCUCUGUUGGGAGAUGGUGUUGUAGGACAAAGUAGGUCCAACGGAUGCACUAGAAUUUCUCUGCAAUGAACUCUCAACGUACCUCUUAUUUACUAAAACUCUGUUGUGCUCUCUGAGUUAGUAUAACAAAUCCUAGAAUUUUUCCUUUAAGAGAAACAAAGUUUGCAGAUUUUCCAGGGGUGCAUUUGAACGAGACAGUAAUGAUUGUCAGCCAUGUGAUGCCACUUAAUUAUUGUUCUUUGGUUUCUAGGCUAAAAAAGCUUCUCUUUCUGAUUUUCCUGGAAUGGUGAGUCAGCAAAGUGUCUCUAUUGAAGAAAUGAGACAUUAACUCAUUAAUUCCUAAUCUUUUUGCAGACUUUGGAAAAGUCAUAGAAUCUCAGGGUUGGAAGGGACCUCAGGAGGUCAUCUAGUCCAAUCCCCUGCUCAAAGCCAGACCAAUCUCCAAUUUUUGGCCCAGAUCCCUAAAUGGCCCCCUUGAAGAUAGAACUCACAGCCCUGGGUUUAGCAGGCCAAUGCUCAAACCACUGCGCUAUCUCCCCCCAAGCUAUUCCAUGGUAGUCACAAAAGAAUAAGGACGUGCUAUUAGUGUUAGCACCACAUAUGAAAGGAAAUUGGUGCGACAGCCUCAGUUCUCUGGGCUGGGGAAGAAGCACUUGGCAUGAGUCUUUGCAUCCUAAACCUGGGUGAUGGGACCAGUCCUGGCGCUAAGUAGAGCAGCUGGAAGAUGAAAACCAAAUGGGUGCAGGGAUGCCUUAACUAUGCUUCCUUUUCCCCUGGCUCCAUCCCCAUCUGGCAGCUGAGGUGCAGGAGAAAUUACACAAGCUCUGUGCCACCUUAGGAUUCCCUUAGGCAGGGGGAAUCCACCAGCAAUUGAUGCAGUGAUAAUUGUUUAGCUCUCUGGGACAGGGUCCACUAGCAUUAGAAUUGCUUUGCCCAGCUGAAGUGGCUAGAACUGUGCAAAGUAGCCCUAUGUUUGGGUGAUUUGGUGCCUAGCUAUCCAGUCACAUAGGCUGUAUAAAUUUGGAAAGCCAGUGUGUUCAUUUGUGUGGUUCCUCUAGCAUUUUAAUUUAAUCCUCAAUUAAUUUAAUUAACUCAGGCAUCAGUGCAAAGAAUCUUCUGCUGAGUGAAGGCUGAGAGUUUGGGAUGUGAAUAGUAAUUGCUAGUGACAGUCACAAAGCCACAGUGUGAUCUUCAGCAUUACACAACAAGGGACUCCUCUGAUUUUCAGGUCUGCUCAGAACAUGAAGUCCUCUCUCAGUUAAUGUACAUGCCCCUGUGUCAUGCUAGGACUAGAAUAAGCAAAGCUGGAGAAGAAAAUCAUUCUCUGUUAGAACUCUUCUGUCCUCAAAAUUGUUUGAGUCUGGGUCUAAGCAGCAGAAUCAGGAUUGCAUCCGCAGGGAGGCAGGAAGUGUGUUUAUUACAGCCAUGCCGAUUUAUGUGGGAAGCUGGGCACAAUACAGAUGGCAGUGACUCUUUUUUGAGCCUUUGUCUGUAAAUAAGCUUUCUUUCACUUAAUUAAUUAUAAGGCUAGAGGGGCCUAUAGUGAUCAUCUACUCUAACUUUCUGUAUAACACAGGCCACAGAACUUCCCUGAAUUAAUUCCUGUUUGUUCUAGAGCAGAUCUAGUUCAAAUAGUCUCAUUCCACACAUAUCCCACCAUUCCUCAAGUGAGGGGCAAACCAACUUCUCCUUCGCUCCUGUAAUGGGCCUUGAGUUGCUAUGCCUGCUAUAUAACCACUCUCUGUGUAACGCAUCGCCCAAUAAAAUGCU